CCAGAUCAAAAAGUUGGGUGCACACUUGAACCAUGGGAAUUGAGUCGAAGCAUACUUCUUAGCAUUGCGAAUUUAGCUCCUGCUUGUACCUCGACUUCAAAUACUGCAUGAUUCACUGAUACUUUGGUUAUUGUUCUUCUCUCCUUUUCCCUCCCUCACACACCCACAUCCGUCCGUCAUGGUGCGCCUCAGAGAGAUCCCGCGCACCGCGGCCUUCGCGUGGUCUGCAGAUGCCAAUGCACCUUGGAUAGCGACAGGAACCAAAUCCGGGGCAGUCUCAGUUGACUUCAGUAAUCAGACCUGCCUGGAGCUUUGGGAUCUCGCUCUCGACAAUGUCCAGCAGGGUCAAGAGUUGCAGCCGGCUGUCACCCUUGCGACCUCGUCAGGGUUCCAUGACCUCGCUUGGACGCCGGCACAAGAUGGUCGCAAAAGGGGGAUUAUCGCAGGCGCUUUCGAGAGUGGCUCGCUCGGGCUUUGGGAUGCGGACAAGGUCAUAAACAAUGCUUCGGAUGCGGCCAUCUUCGACAAGCCUAUUCACACAGAUGCAAUCAAAGCACUACAAUUCAACCCGAAGAUCCCCAACUUCCUCGCGACCGGUGGAGCGAAGGGAGAAUUGUUCAUCUCGGACCUGAACCACCUCGACUCCCCUAUAAGAUUGGGAAACCCUGCGGCUCGGGGAGAUGAUAUUGAUUGCCUGGAUUGGAACAAAAAGGUCUCGAACAUUCUGGCUACCGGCAGCAGUGGCGGCUUCGUGACAGUAUGGGAUAUGAAGACGCGAAAGGAGAGCCUGACGCUCAACAACUACCAACGAAAGCCAGCCAGUGCGGUCGCCUGGGACCCUGAGAAGCCUACGCGAUUGAUCACGGCUGUCUCUCUGGACCAAGAGCCGGUGAUCUUGGUAUGGGAUCUCAGGAACUCGAAUGCCCCUGAAAAGGUGCUACGAGGACACGAUUCAGGAGUCUUGUCCGUGUCUUGGUGCCCCCAGGAUCACGAUCUGUUACUUUCCUGCGGCAAAGACAAUAGAACCAUCCUGUGGAAUCCACAAACGGGCCAGGCGUACGGUGACUAUCCUGUGGUGACAAAUUGGACAUUCCAGACGAGGUGGAAUCCGCACAACCCUAAUAUGUUCGCAACUGCUUCGUUUGAUGGCAAACUACAAAUUCAGACACUACAAAACACGAACCCUAGUAGCACCGAAGCCGAGCAAGGCCAGGCUGGGGAUGGUGAAGACUUUUUCUCGCGAGCUCAAACACAACCCCAAAGCUCGUCUUUCUCACUACCCAAGGCACCAAAGUGGCUUGAGCGUCCUGUUUCUGCCUCAUUCGGCUUCGGUGGCCGCAUUAUAAGUGUUCGACAAGCGGACCCAGGGAAAUCAAGGUCUUCAAAAGUAUCCAUCAGCAAAUUUGAGGUUGAUUCAAGCGUCGGCAAUGCCACCGAAACUUUCGAAAGCGCUCUGCAAACCGGGGAUCUCAGCUCACUGUGCGAACAAAGAGCAUCAGCAGCAAAGACUGAUGAAGAGAAAGCCGACUGGAAGGUCAUCGAGACACUUGUGUCCAAGAACCCGCGGGAAGAGCUUGUGAAGUACCUUGGCGUUGCAGAGACUUCGGAAGAGGUAGCAAACGGUGUUGAGGAAAGUGAAGAUGCUGGACCCGAGUCCACGGAAACACCAGUAAACGGCACUGCCAAAUCUCACAAGCGAUUUCAGUCUAUUUUCGCCAGCUCGGCAGAUGGUGAUUUUCUUUCGGAACUUGCAGCAACCAAGGGGACAAAGACUAACAAUCCUUUCCAAAUUUUCACUGGCUCAGAGUCCGCGGCCGAUCUCAAGAUCACACGAGCCUUAAUUCUAGGCAAAUUCGAGCAGGCCUUAGAUGUCUGUCUCCAGGAAGACAGAAUGUCAGACGCUUUUAUGGUCGCUAUCUGUGGCGGUGAAGCUUGCAUCAAAAAGGCCCAGGAAGCAUAUUUCGCUAAGCAAUCCGGUGGUCCGAACUAUCUGAGACUGCUCGCCUCUGUUGUCGGCAAGAAUCUUUGGGAUACUGUGCACAACGCGGAGUUGUCAAACUGGAAGGAGGUCAUGGCAACUCUUUGCACAUUCGCCGAUGAGAAGGAAUUCCCUGAUCUUUGCGAAGCUCUUGGUGAUAGAAUUGAAGAGCAGUCUGAUGCUGUCGCUCGAAAGGAUGCUUCCUGCUGCUUCUUGGCAGGUUCUAAGCUGGAGAAGGUGGUCGCCAUCUGGAUCAAAGAGCUUAGAGAGCAUGAGGAGAGCGGAGCAGCAGACUCAGACGCUACAUCGGCAUUCUCCCUACACGCUCAUGGUUUGCAAGACUUUAUUGAGAAGGUGACCAUUUUCAGGAAGGUUGUCAACUUCAAGGACGAUGAAUUGUCCAAGCCAGGCGAGUGGAAACUUGAGGCGCUUUACAGCAAAUAUCUGGAAUACGCCGACAUCGUGGCAGGCUCCGGCCAGCUGGAAGUCGCACAAAGGUACUUGGAUCUACUCCCUUCGACAUAUCCUGGGGCCGAUGUUGCGAGAACUCGACUGGAGAAGGCUAGGAAGAAGCCAAUGGCCCAGCCUGCUGCCACCACGACUAAGAACAAGCCUCUACCUGCAAUGUCUGCGUUCCAACCACCAACGUCCACGUUUGCUGCUGCCACUCCUCCAGUAGCAGCUCCAUACGGCAACGUUCAGCCUCAACCUGCAAAUCCUUAUGCUCCGCCGGCAACUGCGGCUGCACCCAUGAACCCAUAUACCCCAGCUGGCGGCUAUCAACCUCCUCAACAGACGCGAAUAACCCCCGGCCCUCCUCAAGGUUAUGGCAUGCCACAGCCGCCUCCAUUACAACCUCCACCACGGUUUACCCAGUCCCCGUCAAUCCCACCACCGUCACAAAAUAAAAAUAUGACGAACUGGAAUGAUAUCCCUGAAGGCUUUGUUAGGCCUCCGCCGUCAAGGAAAUCCACGCCGAGUGUGCCAGCAGCUCAGCCUGUGGCCAAUCCAUACAGCCCAGCCCCUGCUCAGCAACCCUCACCCCCUAUCGCACCUCCUUUUGGAUCGAGACAGAGUAAAUCGCCUCUCCCACCACCACCAAAGGGCUCGGCACCUCCACCUAGAGUAUCUUCACCCCUUGCUGGUGGGCCACCGCAAGCUCCUUUUGAGCGGCCAAGUUCCUCCGCCGGGAAUGCAUAUGCACCUCCAGCUGUCACCUCACCGCCUGUCGGACCGAGCAUGAUGUCGCCUCCCAUUCCCAGAGGCCCAUCACCGUACAAUGCACCCCCCUCGCAUGGCCCUUCAGCUCCGAAUCGCUAUGCUCCCGCUCCUGGUUCCCAACCAACAGGGGCGCCUACUUCGCGGCCUACAAUUGCUCCACCGCCUCAAGGGUCGUCAUACACCACUCCACAGCCUCCGGCCAACCCAUAUGCGCCUUCGCAAGCGCAGCCACAGUCUCGCCCAAGCCCUUACGGCCCUCCUACGACUUCUCAAACUCCUCAACAAACAUCAGCACCACCUAUGCCAACACCAUCUCAGCAGUUCAUCUCAAGCCCUCCAACUGGCGGACCUCCACAACAAGCCCAACGGCCGGGUUCUGGAGGAGCUGAGAAGCGUGCAGCUGCCGCUCCUCCAGCACGCAAACAUCGUGAGUCUCUCAUUCCCUUGUAUCAGUCUAUGACACUGUCUCUAACUAUUGCAAACAGCCAAAGGUGACCGCAGCCAUAUCCCGUCGAAUGCGCAACCAAUCUACGAGAUCCUCACGGCGGAAAUGGCGCGGGUCAAGGCUCGAGCACCUGCCAGCUUUGAGCCUCAGGUUCGUGAUACCGAGAAGAGACUGGACAUUCUGUUCGACCAUCUCAACAAUGAAGAUCUCCUGAAGCCAGACACGGUGAAUCAGAUUGCGCAGUUGGCCAGCGCCUUGCAGAACCGAGACUUCCAGACGGCGGGCGAUAUCCAGAUGGACGUGCACACGAACAAGGUGGAAGAGUGCGGAAACUGGAUGGUGGGCGUCAAGAGGUUGGUCGGCAUGUGUCGGGCUACACCUUGAGGGUAGCCAGCCAUGCUUCUCAGUGGCUUUUGAUGAGAGAGGGGGGAAUGGAUCACGUACGAUUUGGGGUUCGAGGACUUUUACCUAGGUACUCCGUAGAGGAGAAAGAUAAGCAAUGACGGAGGGAAAGGAUGAAGCGUUCGUAUAUCUGAUGUAGUGAUAGAAAAAUGAUGACAUACGAGUAUGAUAG